GUCCAGUGCGGUGCGGGCCGCCAUUGUUUGAAUUUGAAAACGGAGAGGCAGGGACCGGCGGUGCUGCAGAAUGGAAUCUCACUUGAAUCAAGAUGGAUUGCCCAGACCAUCUUAUGUUUUUAGUGCUGACCCAAUUGCAAGACCUUCAGAAAUAAAUUUUGAUGGCAUUAAGCUUGAUCUCUCUCAUGAGUUUUCCUUAGUUGCUGCAAACCCUGGGGCAAACAAUUUGGGAUCUAAAAAUUACCUCCAAGUUUGUCUUCGAAUAAGACCAUUCACACAGUCAGAAAAAGAACACGAGGCUGAGGGCUGUGUACAAGUUCUGGAUUCUCAGACUGUUCUGUUGAAAGAUCCCCAAAGCAUCCUUGGCCAGCUAAGUGAGAAGAGCUCUGGACAGGUAGCACAGAAAUUCAGUUUUUCUAAGGUUUUUGGACCUGAAACUUCACAGAAAGAUUUCUUUCUGGGUUGCAUUAUGCAGCCAGUAAAAGACCUCUUGAAAGGACACAGUCGGCUGAUCUUUACAUACGGGCUGACCAAUUCUGGAAAAACAUAUACAUUUCAAGGCACAGAAGAAAAUAUUGGCAUUCUGCCUAGAACACUGAAUGUAUUGUUUGAUAGUCUUCAGGAAAGACUAUAUACGAAGAUGAACUUCAAACCACAUAGAUGUAGAGAAUACUUACGGUUAUCAUCUGACCAAGAGAAAGAGGAAGGUGCUAAUAAAAGUGCAUUAUUGCGGCAAAUUAAAGAGGUUACCAUACAUAAUGACAGUUAUGACAUUCUUUGUGGAAGCUUAACAAACUCUUUGACUAUCCCAGAAUUUGAAGAAUCCAUGAACAAUUGUGACCAGUCUAGCCUGAAUGUGGAUAAUAUAAAAUAUUCUGUGUGGGUUUCUUUCUUUGAGAUUUACAAUGAAAGUAUUUACGAUUUGCUUGUUCCUGUAUCAUCUAAGUUCCAAAAGAGAAAGAUGCUACGUCUUUCCCAAGAUGUAAAGGGCUAUUCUUUUAUAAAAGAUCUGCAGUGGAUCCAGGUAUCUGAUUCUAAAGAAGCAUACAGGCUUUUAAAGCUAGGAGUGAAGCAUCAGAGUGUUGCCUUUACAAAACUGAACAAUGCUUCUAGUAGAAGUCACAGCAUAUUCACUAUUAGAAUAUUACAGAUAGAAGAUUCUGAAAUGCCUCGUGUAACUCGAGUUAGUGAAUUGUCUUUAUGUGAUCUUGCUGGUUCAGAACGAAGCAUGAAGACACAAAAUGAAGGUGAACGAUUAAGAGAGGCUGGGAAUAUCAACACUUCUUUAUUGACUCUGGGAAAGUGUAUCAAUGUUUUGAAGAACAGUGAGAAGUCUAAGUUUCAACAGCAUGUGCCUUUCCGGGAAAGUAAACUGACUCACUAUUUCCAAAGUUUUUUCAAUGGCAAAGGGAAAAUAUGUAUGAUCAUCAAUAUUAGUCAGUGUUGUUCCGCCUAUGACGAAACACUCAAUGUAUUGAAGUUCUCAACCAUUGCACAAAAGGUGUAUGUUCCAGAUACUUUAAGUUCUUCUCAGGAGAAAUCUUUUGGGUCCAUCAAAUCUUCUCAAGAUGUAUCAUUAGACAAUAAUUUGGAUGGUAAAAUACUAAAUGUAAAAAGAGCCACUGUUUCAUGGGAAAAUAGUCUAGAAGAUGUGGUUGAAAAUGAAGAUUUGGUUGAGGAUUUAGAAAAAACCGAAGAAACACAAAACAUGGAAACUGAACUUACUGAAGAAGACAUAGAUAAAACGUUAGAGGAAUGCAGAGUCUUCAGCAGUCACAAGAACAAGAAACUGUUGGAUUUAAUAGAAGACUUGAAAAAAAGACUAAUAAAUGAAAAGAAGGAAAAGUUAACAUUGGAAUUUAAAAUCCGAGAAGAAGUUACUCAGGAGUUCACUCAGUACUGGACUCAACGGGAAGCCGAUUUUAAGGAGACACUUCUUCAGGAACGAGAGGCAUUAGAAGAAAAUGCUGAACGUCGCCUGGCAAUCUUCAAAGAUUUGGUUGGAAAAUGUGACACCCAAGAUGAACCAACAAAUAGAAUUUGUGCCAUGAAAGUUGAAACUGAAGGAGCUCGUAAUUAUGUAGGAGUUGAAGAUAUUAUUGAUUCUCUUCAAGAUGAUGUCACUGAUAUUAAGAAACAGGCUGAACUUGCUCAUUUAUAUAUUACAUCUCUUGCUGAUCCCCAGGAAGCUAUUGCUUGUUUGCAGCUAAAGUUUAAUCAAGUUAAAGCGGAGUUAGCUCAAACUAAAGAAGAAUUAAUUAAAGCCCAGGAAGAGCUAAAAAAUGGAGAGAGUGAAUCAGACUCUUUGGUUCAAGUGCUCAAGACAUCAAGUAAGGUUGAUACAUCUUUAACCAGCAAUAAAUCAACUUGUAAUGAAGCAGUCACAAUGCCCAAGAACAACAGAACCCAGACACAUUCAGAAAGGAAAAGAUUAAAUGAAGAUGUUCUUCAGCAAGAUGAACCACCAGCAAAGAAAGGUAUUGGCACUUCCGCUCCCUGCAGGGGUGCUUCACAAGCAGGGAAUGACCUGACAAGAAAAGGCUUUGGGAAAACCUAGAUACCAACCAUGAUUUAAUCUGUUUGUUUUUUACUCUUUUAUUCUUUCUGGGGCCCGACACCCAGCUCUCAAAUAAAUACACAGAAUCUUGUUCUUAUUUAUGAAUGCCCAGCUUUAGUUUGG